AUGGCUGUUCGUUCCCAACUUGGUACCGUAAAGGAGUCCGAUAUGUAUGUUCUAAAGCGUGUUAUUACGUUGCAAAUCUCGUGGGGUCGCGCCAUUGUCAACAUUGUCGUUGUCACGCCACGAAACGAAGCCAUAGAUGCGAUCGUGUGGUUACUGUACGGCACAAUGCGGUGUGCAUUUCUUCUUCUCAUCGCCCUGAAAACGUUUGCUACUCGGGACGACGACAGUGGCGAGAUCUACACAGACAUAUGCGAACAACCUUGGCAAACACAUGAACAGAAUAUUCUCGCGUCCUACUCACAAUGUACUGAAUUCCAAGACAACGGAGUUCGAUGCACACCUCAUGAUCCUAUUGAAUGUACUGGUCGAAAUCCGGUUUGCGUUUUCUCAAAACAGACGAAAGACUACCGCUGUUGCUCAGAUGUCCCUCAAGACCUGAGUAAUCCACCAGGAAUCCCGGAGCAAGUGAAACCAAUCUGCCCAUACGGUGCGUCGUCCUAUGAUAUUCCAUCAGUACUCUUGUGUGACCCGACCGAGACAGAUGCCUGUCCAGAGGAAUACACAUGUGAGCAGGCAGUCAAUCAUCAGAUGUUGGUUACUUAUAAUAUGCACCUAUGCUGCAAGACAUCAACACUGGAUUCAUUCGAAAAUGUAUUCUACGAAACGAAGGUCGGAAUUAAUAAAAUGUCUGCGAACAUAUCUAUGCCAUUAUUCUAUGUAACGUCCAUCUCUCCGUCCAUCAUACCACAUGCCCCCUUACGUGGAAUCGAUUACAUUGUUCUUAAUGAACAUUCGGCUACAAGUACCAACAUACCGCCGGAAAUUCGAACUGGUGAUCAUUUUUCCAUGCUACCGUACCGUUUCAGGAAGCCAGUUUAUCUCAAAAAGGUCGUACUGCUGCACGAUCAGAUGCGCCAUGAGUUCCAUCAUGUUCUCGUAUUAUACAAUCCACAUGGAAAUCCGGAAGCGAUGAACUUCUACUACAACCGACCAUCUUCGCUAAGCAGAGAAAUUGAUCUGGCAGUGCCAGCAUGGGACGAGGGCAUAUUCUUCCGGAAUAUGAACAGAGUUCUCACGAUACAAAACGAUCAGAUAUCUACAAAACAAGUUCGUAAGCUCUACAUCGUUCUGGUAUUUCAAACAAAGGUUCGACUAACAAUGCGAAAUCCGCAGACAUGGCGCGACUUCCAUGCCAACUACACCUCCUUUACAGAGUUUCUAACAGGAGAAACUGGGAAAUUUCUCGGAGUGCCCGUGGCAGGCUCCUACUUUUACGUAAGUUAUCGAGAAUAUUCGAAUACGGUAUUCCGCUGA